UAGCCACGCCCACACGCAAAACAAGCUGCUGACCAACAAUGUGCAUCUUCCAAGCUCGGUAGUGGCGCAAUGGAAGACUCGGUUGGUGGGUGCGGGAAGGAAGCAGCUAAAGCCAGGGAUCUUGCAUUCGAUGACUGGUCCGCAUGUCGAGAGGACGGCCUGCAGCUAGACGGAGUUUCUCACAGGGAUUCAUACGCCAUCUCUGAGACGGGGGACACUGCAGGAGCCAUGCCAACCGACUCGGUGGGCGUCUGUGGAACACCGGGCGGAGCGAGGCCUCAGCUGUUCUUGUCGGAAGCACUAAAUGAUACCCACUGGGGGGAAGACGAAGGACCGACGAUGAAUAGGGCCCUACCCUCCAAUGACUGGGCCACAUUUUCUCCGGUCAAUUCAUCCUCCAGUCACCACGCGGUGGCGGACACUCCCGGGAGCUGGAUGCAAACUAUUGCAGAGAGCAGUGAGGACAACCCUGCAAUUACCAGCCAUAAUGAUGUUGUACCUGAUGUCAGUCCGGGCUGGCAGGCCUUUUCGCUCAGAGGUGAACUAGCUGCUACCUCUCUCUCCUCGUGUACUACCUCUACCCCUGCUGGAGAUGGUGGACUCUCAUUAGACACUGCUGAUAGAACAAGAAGCAAUGAACCAUAUCGGAAUCAGCCGCGUGACUCUAACUCUGCAGUUACCACUGAUUCUCUCUGUCGUUCAUGUGUGGCAGUCUUCAGACACUGUUUCACUGGAGGACAGGGGGCCACUAGCGACUGUUACAGAGUUAGGAAAAGAGAAGGAAGAGAGGGAGAGAAGGGGUCACGGCUGGUGGCUGCAGAUUGUGCCAGUGACUGGCAGUGCCUGAGAGACGACAAGUUUGCCAAGUUGCUAUGGAGGUGGUCUCAGACGUCUCUCCAUCACCCUCCUCCCUCCUCCUGCCAGCACAGACUCACCUCCCUCCUCGGGGGAGGCCCCUCCGUCAACGAGUCAGAGGGGGCAGCGGGGGUGGGCUCUGUUGCCCUACCACUGGGGGACGAGGAGAAGUUUGACUGGACUCCUCCAGACAGGAGGAGGAAGUCGGUGUCACCUGAUGUGGUCCCCAACCUCUUCCGACCUCGCAAGGAGAGCCUCGUCGAUGUCGACUUUGACCACGACAGAGCUGCCUCAGGCCUGGCAGUGUUGAGUGAGGUGGAGUUGAAGAGAAUGUGUGACGAGAUGACGUCAAAGUUCUCCAGACUCUCAGCCGAGCUCCUGACCGGUCUCCAGGCCAGGGACAUUCUCGCAGGAGAGAUGGAGGCAAAGAAUAGGUUUGUGUCGGCCUUGCUGCGAGUACAGCAGCUGCGGCUCUCUCAGGACGUGAACGGAGGAUCGGGGCCACAGUGGACCUGGAGCCACAAGAAAAGAGAUGAUGAACCUUCAGCAUCACCAUAUCUGCAGACAGUCAUUCCGUACAAGAUUCCCGGGGGACUGAAAUGGCGAACAGACACUCUAACACUGCUUACUAAAGUCUUGAAGGCAAUAGCUGAAGGCAGUAACACAGUGCCCAAGCUGAUGGCUGAAUAUCUUCAGUCUGAAUCUCAAAAGGGGGGCGUGGUACGCACGGAAAGCAAUACCCAGACGAUGUCGAGCCAGGAGAGCGAGAGUGAGCAACAGUCGAGCCCGCAGGAGGAGCAAGAGGGCGACCAGGAAGAGGAGGAGCCCCGUGUCUCCGAACCAGAAGAGCAACAUGAAGGAAAAGAGACAGUUGAUGAUAACGGAGGAGGCUCCCCGAGCUCCGGAGCGACCGGAGGAGUGGUGCGACCUCGCAGCGGCCGCAUCGUGGAGCCCGCUCCGCCGACCUACGAGGAGGCCCUCACCUUCUUCGUCAAGGACGCGGCGGGCAACGGGAGUAGCUCCGGGACACGCGGACCGCUGGCCGUCACCGAAUCUCCCGCUAACGGCAACACUGGAGCUAACGGCCGGAGCCGACCCAGUCUUUCCGACGACUACGAGAUGGCGGAGAGGCUCCAGCAGGAGGAGAUCCAGCGGUGCGCGGCGCUCCAGUCCCGCGAGAGGAGCGCCAGCCUCUCUGCCACUGGACCGUUCGCAGGAGGACGGCCGAGCAGGAACGAGGGAGGUCGCUGGUCCGUGUCUUCUGCUCCUGGAGACAUCAGAUCCGUCCAUCGGAUCCAGGCCCUCGACCGGAGUCGUUUUUCGCCACGUGGACAGCUGAGGAGUAUUCCUGAGGAUGAAGAGAUGGUUAUUGGCGAUGCUGGCACCCAACGUCGACGCCCACCUCCCGACACGUGUGCCCGGGCCUGCUGCUACUACUCCUGCUUCGGGUUCGCGCUGUUCACAGACCGACUGUCGCCAACCCUGAGGCUGGCCUGGAAAGAGGGGUCGAGACAGGUCAUAAAAACGGCGCUCCCGGUUUUCUCCACCCCGUGGCGCUAUCUCUUUCUCAGCCUUCAACUCAUGGUGGUCGCUGCGUGCAUCAUCCUCUCGUUUGCCUCAACGCCACUCUCCGGGGAGAACAUAGUGCGUAAUGCCUCUCUCGUGGCCUGUCUACUGGCCGUGAUAGUGGAGAGGUUCAUCUCGUGGUGUGGCUGCCUCGGGUCCAAGAAAGGGACGUACAACAGGUUCUCUGAUAUCACACGAAACUUGCUCACGGACGUUUUCCUCUACCCAGCAGUCGUAGCGAGCAUCAUGAACGCUCUGAAUACUCGCAGCUACAACGUCGUGGUAUCACUCUGGGACGAAUCCGUCUACGCCAACAUUUCAGACGCAGGUACGGUACGACGAGACGACGCAAUCAACUUCUCAGUGAACUUACUCAUCGUCUUAUUGUUUGUGCUGGUGGUUCACGUGCUGAGGCUGUGGCACCUGGGGAGCAUCGCAAAGACACUGAUGAGAGAGUUCAAAAAGAAAGUUUCGGGGGCUCGAUCGACUGCACGUGUUUUUCUCAUCCUCUUCUUUGUCCAUGUCCUCAUCUGCUCCAUAGUCCAGAUCUUGUACCUGUUGCUGCUGGGAUACCGCAUGCACAUUGAGACGAGUGAUCCCUCACAGCCUCAGGUCCUGGGAGUCAGCGCGUACCUCUUAGUGAUGAUGAUAUCGGGGGAGCUCCUGCCGUUAGUGGGCAUCUUCAUGUACUUCAUAAGUGCCCAAAAGUGGGCCGAAGAGUUUCCUAUUGCUUUUUUCCUCGACCGCAUCCCCUCGGCACAGUCCCUGUCUCUGGACAUUUCCCACGAGCGCGUGGAGCACAAGUUCAAACGGCUGCACGAAUCCAACAUGCAGUGUUCGGGCUGCAUCUUUGGCCUCAUCCACCCACUGGUCAGUCCACUCCAGAUGAUACUCAACAUCUCCUUCCUUGGACUGUGGGUUCUAUUUGCCUUCACCUACCCCGUAACCUCCGUGAGCCGCUCGAGUCUCGACUUGUUCCUGAGCGAUUUCUCGCACGAUAUCUUCGGUGUUGUUGCAACUGCCGUCGUGUACGGACUGGUUGUUAUUCUCUCGUUCCUUACAAAUCUGCUGCCCCUCAUCUACGGGUUUCUGGGGCUGGCUAUGCUGCCGUUCUGGAUACUCUUUUACAUCAUUGUCGGCUGUUCAUCACUGUGUAGCAAAAAGUCUUGACCACACACACACAUAUACUUUUUCACAUGGUCACUUAUUUUAUGCCACAUGCACAGUUGUGUUCCUUGUCUUGAAGUUUUGUUGUGUUUACUUGUAUUCCCCUUAGCGGUUUACGUGUGUACUUUCUCACAUGAUUGUAUGAGUUGCGUUG